CUUCCUGGCCCUUGCAGGUGGGUGUGUCUCGGGACGCACCCAGCCUACCAGGAGUGAGUGCUACAAAGCUUGGCCUUUGGUUCCUGAUCGCAGCCCCACAGCCCAGGGUUCCUGCCUCAAGACCAGUUGGGUACAUCUUUGACACUCCCUCCCACCAUGCACUCCUUGGACGAGCCACUCGACCUAAAGCUGAGCAUCACCAAGCUCCGAGCGGCAAGAGAGAAGAGAGAAAGGACACUGGGUGUGGUCCGGCAUCAUGCUCUGCAUAGGGAGCUGGGCCUGGUGGACGACAGCCCCACCCCUGGCUCCCCAGGCUCCCCACCACCAGGUUUCCUGCUGAACCCCAAAUUCCCUGAGAAGGUGGAUGGACGCUUUUCUGCAGCCCCCUUGGUGGACCUCAGCUUGUCACCACCCUCUGGAGUGGACUCCCCGAAUGGCAGCAGCUCCCUGUCCCCUGAGCGCCAGGGCAAUGGGGACCUGCCUCCACUGCCUACUGCUGUGGAUUUCCAGCCACUUCGCUAUUUGGAUGGUGUCCCCAGCUCCUUCCAGUUCUUCUUGCCCCUGGGUUCUGGUGGGGCUCUGCACCUACCUGCUUCCUCCUUCCUUCCUCCCCCCAAGGACAAGUGCCUCUCACCAGAGCUGCCCCUGGCCAAGCAGCUGGUGUGUCGAUGGGCCAAGUGUAAUCAGCUCUUUGAGCUCCUCCAAGACCUGGUUGACCAUGUCAACGACCAUCAUGUCAAGCCGGAACAGGAUGCUCGAUACUGCUGUCAUUGGGAGGGCUGUGCCCGCCAUGGCCGUGGCUUCAAUGCCAGCAGGUACAAGAUGCUCAUCCACAUCCGGACGCACACCAACGAGAAGCCGCACCGAUGCCCCACCUGUAACAAGAGCUUCUCCCGCCUGGAGAACCUGAAGAUCCACAACCGCUCGCACACAGGUGAGAAGCCCUACGUCUGCCCCUAUGAGGGCUGCAACAAGCGUUACUCCAACUCCAGUGACCGCUUCAAGCACACCCGUACCCACUACGUAGACAAGCCCUACUACUGCAAGAUGCCCGGCUGUCACAAGCGCUACACGGACCCCAGUUCACUGCGCAAACACAUCAAGGCCCAUGGGCACUUUGUGUCACAUGAGCAGCAGGAGCUCCUGCAGCUGCGCCCUACCCCUAAACCACCACUGCCCACCCCUGACAGUGGCUCCUAUGUCAGCGGGGCUCAGAUCAUCAUCCCGAACCCUGCUGCCCUUUUUGGAGGCCCCAGUCUGCCUGGCCUGCCCUUACCUCUGCCUCCUGGCCCCCUUGACCUCAGUGCUCUGGCCUGUGGCAAUGGUGGAGGUGGGGGAGGGGGUAUUGGCCCUGGGCUGCCAGGCUCUGUUCUGCCACUCAAUCUGGCCAAGAACCCACUGUUGCCCUCACCCUUUGGGGGUGGUGGACUAGGCCUGCCUGUGGUCUCUCUCCUGGGUGGCUCUGCCGGUAGCAAGGCUGAGGGGGAGAAGGGUCGUGGGUCAGUGCCUGCCAGGGUCCUGGGCCUGGAAGACCACAAGACCCCCCUGGAGAGGACGGAGCGCAGUCGCUCCCGGCCAAGCUCUGAUGGACUCCCCUUGCUCCCAGGCACUGUACUGGACCUGUCCACAGGCAACUCCGCAGCCAGCAGUCCGGAGGCGUUAACUCCUGGCUGGGUGGUCAUUCCACCAGGGUCUGUGCUGCUUAAACCAGCUGUGGUAAACUGAAACUGGGCAACCCAUCUACCAGCUGUGACAGCCCAGCCACCCACUGUGGGCUCAUCCCCCGACGAACAGAAACUCUUCUGCGAAAUAGCAAUAAUACCCUGCUGCCCCAGGGCCAAGCUGCAGCCCCAGACAAGCUGGGUGGCAAGGUGGCAAGGAUGGUGCUAGAAGGUCUGUGCUGGCCUCCUGGCUCCAAAGUGAGGACCUGGCUUGGACCUGCUGUCCAAGGAGAGCCAUUCUCUUGGGUGCUAAGGCCUCAGUCACUUCCACUUCCCUAGUCCACAGUCUGGGUGAGGCUUUCCUCUGCCUGUCCUCCCAGGACCCUCAGUCCUGCCUCUUGCUCUGGUGCGUUCCUUUCUAUGCCAGCCUGGCUGGGCAGGUUUCCAUUUCUGCCUGCCCUACCUACUUGUCAACUAGGAGCCCCCAGUGAUCAUAGAUAGGCCCAUGCUUGGGAAUUCCUUAGACCCCUUUCCCUCUGGUCCACCCUCUAGAGGGAGAGCAAGACAGACACGGCUGCCUUCUCCUGCCUGCUGCUAUGACAAGGUGCUUCUCUGCUUGCUUAGCAGAGAAGCCUGCUCUGCCAGCACUUCUCUUUCCUGCCAGAGGGUUGGCAACACUUUCCAAAGAGGGGUAGCUGACCACUCAACCUUCUCCUUGGGGAUGUGCAGGCAGGUUCCAAGGGUCACUGUGCUGACCUGGUCCAGCUUGGCCUGGCCUGGGCAGUGUUAUUCUGCAGACACUUGUAAGGCAUUAGUCUACACCACGUGGGCUAUCAGGCUUGGGAAGCAGCUACAGGUUUGGGGGCUACCAAGUCAUGGGAUGCAGGGAAGGAGACUUAUUGGAAAGCACUGACUGAAGCCCCUGGGUGUUAAGGGAGGCUAGGCAGCCAAGCACAGCAUUAGGAGAACCAACUCUUAGCUCGGGGAAAAGCUAGCUAGAGAAAGGCCUGCACAUCUGGCAGGGUUCUUUCCCGACUCUCUAGUUAAACCCUUUUCUUGGUGCUGCCUCUUGCCCAUGAGCUCUGCCCAAGCCAGCAACCCCAGGGCUUGUGCAGCAAGCCAAGGACAUUGGAGGACUGUGUGCUCCAUAGCUCCAAAAGGCUAGCUGCCCCAGCUUGGGCCUCUUGCUGUCCCCUGUACUAUGCUGCAGUGGCUAAGCCCCUUAUGUCCCCAUCUGUAGAACAAAAGAGCUGCUGAGGUGGUAGUGGGGUCCUUUGCUCUGUGGCUCCUCUGAGCAGCUCUGCCUAGUCUUUCUCAGACUGCCUUUCUGUUUCAGAAGGGUUACCCUGCCCUGACGUACCUGACUGCUGGUCUUAGGACCCCAGCCCUGACGGGGCUCGGCUAUGCUGGCUCUACCCCUUGAAGGGGCUGUGAGCAAGUUAAGGAGCUGGUCUCCUACCUUUGGGUCUGCCUAGGAUCCAAGCAACCUCCUGGCUCUAUUAGGGCCCUAGGCCUUAAGUCCCUGGCUGGGGGAUUGGGUUUGAGACUCAAGCCCAAGAGCAGAGGAACAGCACUGGACAUUAGCUUGGCAUGUGACUCAAGUGAUAGACCAGGCUCGGAAGGGCUGGGAUACUUCCUGUCAGUUCGUUGCACAUUCCAGGAUUCAGUAUUUUAACAGGUUCUAAGUGCCUUUCUCUUGUAGCGUAUGGUUUUCCUCCUCCUGGCUCCAUGGCUGUUAGCAUAGAGUUUAAAAAAAGAGAGAUAAGCUAAUGACUAUAACAAUAUAUUCCUCCAUGUGAGAGGAAGUUUAUACAGAAACAAUAAAGUGAGUUGCAAAGAUGGUUUCUGCACGUGCCAGGGCUGGGACACCUGCUUUUGUUCGUGCCUGGUUGUUGGCCUCCCAACUAGAGCUCCCGAAGGCCCUGCCUGGAGCUUUCACCUCAGCCUGCCACAGGCCACCUUCAUUGUGAAAGUGAUCAGAAGGCCUCCUAUGUGGGACUAGAAGGGUAGGUAGUAAGGGACAAGCGGAUAGAGGUUAUUCUGAAGAUCACAUCACUGCCUGCCAGUCAACACCUUGGUCCAAAGCUACACACAAACAUUCUGACCAAUCUACUGCGAAAUAUCCAAUCCCAGCUGCAAGUUCCAGGGCUUAAAGAAGCUCUUUAUCCCUAGGGAAGGCAGUUUCCUCAGGACUGUGGUAGGUGGGAACAAAUGGCUAUUGACCAACAUUCCAUCCCCAAGGCUGUCAAAGUUGGCUACCUCCCGACUCCACCGUAGCCCAA